GUUGCACCUAAACCAUCACAUUGAACGCACAGAAUUCAUCAACCCCGGCGCAAAACCAUGGUUCCCGUGUGGGGACUUAGUGAUAAGCCAAACCCAAAUAAGCGAAGCGUCUGGUCCAUGCAUCGAGGCAAUGCCGUCACAGGUUUCAAUCGCGAAGAACUCCAGGCUGUUCUAAGAGACUUCUCCUUCUCACCACCUCGCGCUGCCAAUUGCGCGCACCGUGCUUCACAAUCUGACGUUGUAGCUGAAGAGUACCGUCAAGACCGUCUUCAGCCUCGUUCCUCUCUCUUCUCGUUCGCAAUGGCGCCGGGUGACCCAUCACGUCCGUCUGGGCCCACGCCACUGAUUGACGUCUCUGGCGAUGCGCAGAACUCGCAGCAGCACGUAGCUGGCUCGUCUUCUGCUAUUGGGAAAAAGAAGAAGCACCGCGGUGGCAAGAAGAGACGCAACCGUCGCCAGUCCUUCGCUGCGACUGCAGACAUGAGCCAUGGCGACGGCAACGAUGACCGUCCAACUCUCGAGGACAUAGCCGGCCAUGGCAACUCUCGCGGCAGCACAAGCUUCUAUGGCCUUUCACGCAACCUCAGCAAUACGAGUCUCGAGAGCGAGGCGUUGCUGGAUCACCGCGACCACCAGCCUGCGAGGCCUCGCCGACAGAGCAUACCCACUAGCUCUAUGUACGCGCCGCGACUCAGCCAGCAGUUCAACAACCCCCCUAGUCGUCUUAAUGUACCUUCGUCUUACGGCAAGUCGAGGCUCUCGGGCACUCUCGAGGUUGGCUAUAGCGAUCACAACGACGACGAUGCGGACGACCGGACACCAUUGAUGAUGGGCUCUCCUCGGGACAACAGAAAGGGGAACAGCUAUGGUACAAGUGCGGGAGGCAUGGCUCCCAAGAAGCGAAGGCCCAGUACUGGCAGUGGCAAGCAGCGACCUGCUAUAUUCGGUCAUCAUUCGCAAUCCAACAUCAAUGAGGGUUACGACGUCAACAACCCGCCUUCUGUGCCUGCAAGUCCUGUCUUCGAGGCCAACCCUGGGCUCGACGAUGUUGCGCUUCCUAUUGACUUGGAACAUUCCCCUGAGCCAGGCAGGUCUCGAGAUGCCUUGAUCGACAUCGACGAGCCUACUGAAGGAUCGAGCUCAGCCUCUCCUAAGCAAGGCGACUUCCACCGUCGCAUGACCCAAUCAUUUGCCGCCGACGACGAUGUCUGCUUCCCGCAUGAGGGCAUGUCUGAGCUGGGGCAGCAAGACUACCUCAACGACCCAACAGGAGAACCGACCAGUCGCCGCCGCCGCCGCCGUUGGCCUGAUCUUGAUGUGUUGGCAUCUUGGUCACACGAAGAGAAAGAGCAGCGAACCAUGGAGGGCAUCCGUCUUCGCAAAGUUAGCGAGCCACUUAUGGUUGAUGGUCGGCUGCGUCCCCGACAGCGUCAAUGGCACCGUGAGGCCGACGAUGCACCAUUCCGCUUUACCUACUUCAACGAGACAUUCGACAACACCAUUCACAGUCAGACUAUCAGCGAACUGCUGCAACCGGGACAGUCCUUCAGAGAUCUUUUCAUCCCAGAUCCUGUUGUUCUCGAAGACAGCAGCGAUGACGACUCAGAUGCUGAGGAUCAUCUGCGUGCAAACACAAAUGGCACUUUCAGGACCACCACACGAUCACCCUCGAAUACGAACGACAAAACGUCUUCGGGCGAGCAAACGCGUACGAGUACCCCACGGCCUCAAACAGAAGCCUCCAAGGGCAAGGACGACGAUCACCAGAAGCGCUAUGGGCCACGACCAGCGUGGUGGCUCGAUGUUAUGUCGCCCACUGAGACUGAGAUGAAGGUCAUCUCGAAGACCUUCGGUAUCCACCCACUGACGUCCGAAGACAUCCUUAUGCAGGAGCAACGCGAAAAGGUGGAGCUGUUCAAGCACUACUACUUUAUCAACUACCGCACUUUUGAACAAGAUGAGAACAGCGAGGAUUACCUGGAGCCUGUCAACCUGUACAUCGUCGUCUUCCGAGAAGGUGUGAUCAGUUUCCACUUCUCCAUGACACCACACCCUGCCAAUGUACGCCGCCGUAUUCGACAGUUGUCCGACUACCUGGUACUCUCGCCCGACUGGAUUUCGUAUGCCAUGAUUGACGACAUCACCGACGCUUACGCACCUAUGAUACAAAGCAUCGAGGAAGAAGUCGAUGACAUUGACGAAGCUAUCCUCCGUCUCCACAACGCCGAUGAUGAAGACAGCUCGGAUUCGGACGACUACGACGAGAAGCAGGGUAAGGAGAAGAGCGGGCGUGAUAUGCUUCGUCGUGUUGGCGAAUGCAGAAAGAAAGUCAUGAGCUUGUACCGUCUGCUCGGUAACAAGGCCGAUGUCAUCAAGGGCUUCGCGAAGCGCUGCAACGAGCACUGGGACAUUGCGCCUCGCAAUGAGAUCGGAAUGUACCUGGGCGAUAUUCAGGAUCACAUUGUUACCAUGACGGGUAACCUAAGUCAUUACGAGAAUCUUCUGUCUCGUGCGCACAGCAACUACCUCGCGCAGAUCAACAUCCGCAUGAACGAGCGUCAGGAGCAAACGUCCGAUAUUCUCGGCAAGCUUACCGUCCUCGGUACUAUUGUCCUGCCCAUGAACGUCGUCACUGGUAUUUGGGGUAUGAAUUGCAUCGUUCCUGGCCAGGACGUUGAUAACCUUAACUGGUUCUUCGGCAUCACUGGGUGUCUCGUUGGCUUCGGACUGCUUUGCUAUAUGAUAGCGAAGAGGGUUUACGGCAUUGUCUGAUCGGUUAUAGAGGUUGCACGCUUGCCUUUGUGGUGCAUGCGCGGCGCUGGUGGUCUUGUAUAUCGCGUCGCCGUCUUUUUGCGACAUUUGGAUCAAAUUAGGUUUACAGUGCACAUGUGGCACAAGGAAGCCUGGCGUUGUAGGUGGCCAUAUAUACCUUGGGUGUUUACUCUAUCUGUACAGAAUGGUUUCAUCACUACAAAUGGC